AUGGAAUCAUAUGUUUUGGAUUGUUUAUUCUGUUUGCUCCCAUCCUUCUUACUUUUUCUUUUUUAUGUGGGUCUGCGCUGUCCUAGACUGUGUGGCUGGGCAAGGGUGGCUGUCAGGGCGUCAAGCUGGAGACUCUGGGUCAUUAUCUGUCUAAUCCUGCAGCUGCCUUUGCACAAGGAAAAAAGAACAAAGGCUGAGGACCUGAAAUCACUUGAGACAGAUAUAGUGUCAGGUCAGGUCUCAGAUGGACCCAAGCUUAUCUGUAAACCCACUGCAUUGGCCAGAUAUCUCCUGCAGCACUGUGGUUCUCUCACAAAGGCAAAACUGGCUGCUUGGCCUCGGGGAGACCCCCACCUCCAGACUUUCUCCAGCCAAAUAUUUGGAGAACAUAGACAGAAGGUACAGUUCACCAGAGACCACCUAUUACUAAAAGACGGGGGAAUUGUAGCACUGGAUUGGGCUAUAGGGACGAGACUUAUCGAGCUGACAGCGAAGAGGAGGUGGGAGGUGAAAAAAGAGCAUCAAUCAGUGAGGAAGACACUCGGAUGCUUCACCUCAACACCCCCUGUUCUUCUCCUCAUCCCUCAGUUCUGGGGAGGGAUGACACCCCACUUACAGCUGCUCUGCAGUCAGGCCAUGCGGCAGGGUUUCUAUGUGGUGGUGUUUCAUCAUCGAGGCACAGCGGGGUCCCCCCUCACCACAACAAGACUCACUGAGUUUGGAGACCCAAGCGAUCUGGAACAGGCAGUGACUUACGUCCACAGUCGGCACCCGUCCUCUGUGCUGGUUGCAGUGAGCGAGGGAUCAGGCUCUGGGGUUCUGCUGUCCUACUUAGGUGAGCGAGGUUCAAGCACCUGCAUAACAGCUGCUGCAGCCAUCUCACCUGUGCUGCUGGGCCAACUGUGGUUUGAAAGUGCUUUGCCGCCUAUCUACCACUGGGGGGUGUUGUUUCACAGAAAAAUGCAGCUCAGCAGAUAUGCAAGUUCCUUUCAAGGAUCACUGGAUGUGGAUCGUGCCCUCAGGUCCUCCAGUCUCAGAGACUUUGAAGAAGCUCUUUUCUGCUCUCUGACUAAGAAAGCUUUUCCAUCAAAUGAGAGAUCUUUGAACCCUUCAUAUUCCUCCCUGAGGGGAUUUUCACCAACAGCGGCCUGGGCUCUGGGUGAACGAGCUAACCCAGCCCAAGACUGGGAGAACUACUGGGGGAGGAAUGAACCUCUGAGGGAUGCAGAUGAGGUGUCAGUCCCAGUGCUCUGUAUCUGCAGCUCUGAUGACCCUCUCCUUCCACCAACCUCCAUGCUUCCCGUUUCUCUUUUCCAGAGCAAUCCUUACUUUUUGUUGGCAUUAACAGAUAAAGGAGGGCACUGCGGGUUCACCCUGGAGGCCAGCAAGGACAUAAAUGAUGGAAAACCAAGAAAUGAAGAAGAGGAGGAAGGUAUUUGGAGUCAUACUGCAGUUUUGGAGUACCUCAAAGUGGUCUCUGAUUUCCUGAAAGAGGCAGAGGGGGACUGGAAAAGCUGGGGAGGCCAACUAGAAACAAACAGUCUUAAAGGUCAGAAGGGCAGGAUGAACGUUACGGCCCUGCCUCGUCGUCGCAGAGGCGCCAUGAUGAAAAGGUCAAGAACCCAGCCAGCUGAACAGAGCGCGCUGGAUGAUGUUGAUGGAGACCUGUUUACCUGGAAGAGGUCUUAUACUCGUUAAAACAAACACUUUCAGAGACAUUAAAUCGGUCUUGUGUAAAAUACUGCAUUUUUUUGUUGUUACAGUGAUUUUAAACAAAAAGCUUUAAGGGCAGCAUUCCAAGGCAAGGCAAUAAAAAUCACACCAAUUCAGUUCAAUUUUGACCAGAUUAGUUGGUGAAAUCUGUGUGAAAAAGAAUGUGAAGUUAUUAAAAAACAGCACAGCCUGCACAGGUCAGUCCAGGGGUAUGUUUACCUUUGUGUCUCACAACCUCUGGUUUUCAAAUUUGACAUUUUGAAACUGAAGUGAAGAAAUGCUUAUCAGGUUUGGAGGCUUGAUUGUUCAAUACUGGUAGGUCUAGACUGCAGGGAGGCCAAAAUAGCAUACUUACCGUGCUUU